AUGGGAUAUAGGACACGGGAUAACGGCCUCUCGCUGUCCCGCAGCCCCACCAUGAGGCCGUUGGUCGCCGCCAUCCCCACGGCCCUGCUGCUGCUGCUGCCCCUUCCCUCCGGGAUACACGCUGCCCCCUGGGCCGCCUGGAUGCCUCCCGCCGUCGCCGGCCUGUCGGGAACGUGCGUGUCCAUCCCGUGCCGCUUCGGUUAUCCCGAGGAGCUGCGUCCUGCCUCCAUCCAUGGGAUGUGGUACUUCGGGAGCCCUUAUCCCAAGAACUAUCCCCCGGUGGUGGCCAGAUCCCGGCCCGGAGCGGUCCAUGAGAGCUUCACAGGCCGAGCCGUGCUCCUGGGGGAUCCCAAUAUCCGGGAUUGCUCCCUGCUCCUUGGGCCCCUCAGCACGGAGCUGGCCGGGAAGUAUUACUUCCGAGGGGAUCUGGGGGGAUACAACCAGUACAGCUUCUCGGAGCACACCACGCUCGAGGUGCUGGAGGAGCCGGUGCUGGAGGUCCCCCCGGAGGUGGUGGCAGGAGAAGAGGUGGAACUCCGUUGCCGUGUCCCAGAUAACUGCCCCCAGCUCCGGCCCCGCGUCACUUGGGAAGGGAUCCAGGAGCUUCUCGACGUCUCAGAGCGGGAAGCACGGGAAGACGCCGCCGGAGCCGCCUCCAUCCUGGCUCUGCUCCGCUUCCGACCCCAGCGUGAGGACGGCGGCCGCCGCCUGGGCUGUCGCGUGGCCUUCACCAACAGCUCCUUGGCCUUCGAGGCCACCGUCGCCCUCGAUGUGCAGUGUGAGUUAGGGGGGGUCUAUGGGGGCAUCUCUGGUGGGUUCCAGGUCAUCUUUGAUGGGUUUUAG